AUGCCGUCGCGUGAAGACCUGAAGCCCGCAGGCUUCUUGCAAGCUGACCCAUUCAGCGUUGAUGGGUUCUGGUCUAACACCCUUAAAGCGAGAUGUUGUAUUGCAGGACAGUGCAAAGAGGAAGAGGAAAAAGAAAUUGGGGUUUCUGUCUCGUUCACUUCCGUUGUUGAAUCUGGCUCCGUUUCGGCCUUAUCUGAGAUUAUGGAGGAGAGAGGAAAUACUUAUGACAUAGUGAGUGAGGAUGUGGUGGUAGGUGACCACGGAUUUCGAGAUUACGGUACUGCACCUAAAGCAAACCCCUGCACAUGGCCGCUUACGGUGCUGCCGGCUGUUUCUUUGCCAAGGCUGAAGAUGCCCGAAGGGUUCGGUAGGCGAGCAACCGAGAGCAAUUGUGUUCUAAGAAUCGUGGGCCGUUAUUCACCGAAAAAGAGCGUUAACGUCGCCGGUGUCGAUUUGUUGGUCGUCGUCGGUGUGUGUGCGAAAUGA